AUGAGUGAAGAAAACCUUUUCGAUUCUUCUAUUGAAAAACCACAAUACGAAGUAACCGAUUAUUCAAGCAAACAUUCUAAUUUACCUCCUCAUUUCCUAGGUUUAAAUACAAUCAAUAACUCAGAGGAAUCUGAUUUAAAAGAAUUCGUUAAAAGUCAUGGUGGUCAUUCCAUAAUCUCAAAAGUUUUAAUAGCAAACAACGGUAUCGCUGCUGUAAAAGAAAUAAGAUCAGUAAGAAAAUGGGCGUACGAAACUUUUGGUAACGAAAGAAUUGUCCAAUUCGUAGCAAUGGCUACUCCUGAAGAUUUAGAAGCAAACGCUGAAUACAUUAGAAUGGCAGAUCAAUAUAUCGAAGUUCCAGGUGGUACAAAUAACAAUAAUUAUGCAAACGUGGAUUUAAUCGUAGAUAUCGCUGAAAGAUGUGAUGUCGAUGCUGUUUGGGCAGGUUGGGGCCAUGCCUCUGAAAACCCUCAUUUACCUGAAAAAUUAACUCAAUCAAAGAGAAAAGUAAUAUUUAUUGGUCCUCCAGGUAAUGCUAUGAGAUCGUUAGGUGAUAAAAUCUCAAGUACAAUUGUUGCUCAACAUGCUAAGGUACCUUGUAUUCCUUGGUCAGGUACUGGUGUCGACAAGGUCCAUAUCGAUGAUCAAACCGGUCUUGUAUCAGUCGAUGAUGAUAUUUAUGAAAAAGGUUGUUGUUCAUCUCCUGAAGAUGGUCUAGUAAAGGCUAAAAAAAUCGGUUUCCCAGUUAUGAUUAAAGCCUCCGAAGGUGGUGGUGGUAAAGGUAUUAGAAAAGUAGAAAGAGAAGAAGAUUUUGUCUCUUUGUAUCACCAAGCUGCAAAUGAAAUUCCAGGUUCUCCAAUAUUUAUCAUGAAACUGGCUGGUAAUGCCCGUCAUUUAGAAGUACAAUUAUUAGCCGAUCAAUAUGGUACGAAUAUCUCAUUAUUCGGUCGUGAUUGUUCAGUUCAAAGAAGACAUCAAAAAAUUAUAGAAGAGGCUCCUGUAACUAUCGCUCCUAAUGUUACUUUCACCGAAAUGGAAAAAGCCGCUGUAAGACUAGGUAAAUUGGUUGGUUAUGUUUCAGCGGGUACUGUAGAGUACUUAUACUCUCACGAGGAUGAUAAAUUUUAUUUCUUGGAAUUAAAUCCAAGAUUACAAGUUGAGCAUCCAACUACAGAAAUGGUCAGUGGUGUAAAUUUACCUGCAGCCCAAUUACAAAUUGCUAUGGGUAUCCCAAUGCAUAGAAUUAGAGAUAUUAGAGUAUUAUACGGAUUAAAUCCUCAUACCGCUACAGAAAUUGAUUUUGAAUUCAAAUCUGACAGCUCUUUAAAGACCCAAAGAAGACCAACUCCAAAGGGCCAUUGUACUGCUUGUCGUAUAACUUCAGAAGAUCCAAAUGAAGGUUUUAAACCAUCCGGUGGUACUUUACAUGAAUUAAACUUCCGUUCAUCUUCUAACGUUUGGGGUUACUUCUCCGUCGGUAAUAAUGGUGGUAUUCAUUCUUUCUCAGAUUCUCAAUUCGGUCAUAUAUUUGCAUUUGGUGAAAAUAGACAAGCUUCAAGAAAGCAUAUGGUAGUAGCAUUAAAGGAAUUAUCAAUUAGAGGUGAUUUCAGAACUACAGUAGAAUACUUAAUUAAGUUGUUAGAAACAGAGGAUUUUGAAGAUAACACUAUAACAACCGGUUGGUUAGAUGAUUUAAUUUCUCAGAAGAUGACAGCUGAAAAACCAGAUCCAACUUUAGCAGUUAUUUGUGGUGCUGCAACUAAAGCAUUUAUUGCUUCAGAGGAUUGUCACCAAGAAUAUAUUGCGUCAUUGAAGAGAGGUCAAGUGGUUCAGAAAUCAGUGUUACAAACUAUGUUCCCUGUUGAAUUCAUCCAUGAGGGUAAAAGAUACAAAUUCACAGUAGCCCAAUCAGCUGAAGACAAAUAUACAUUAUUUAUUAAUGGAUCUAAAUGUGAAGUACGUGUACGCAAGUUAUCUGACGGCGGUUUAUUGAUUAACAUCGAUGGUAAGUCACAUACUAUUUAUUGGAAAGAUGAAGUUUCUGCAACUAGACUAUCUGUAGAUGGUAAAUCAACUUUACUUGAAGUUGAAAAUGAUCCAACUCAACUACGUACACCUUCUCCAGGUAAAUUGGUUAAGUUCCUUGUUGAGAAUGGUGAACAUAUCAUUACUGGUCAACCAUAUGCCGAAGUUGAAGUUAUGAAAAUGCAAAUGCCUUUAGUAGCUCAAGAGAGUGGUAUCAUACAAUUAUUAAAACAACCAGGUUCUACGAUAUCUGCUGGUGAUAUCAUUGCAAUUUUAACAUUAGAUGAUCCGUCUAAAGUCAAGCAUGCUUUGCCAUUUGAAGGUAUGUUACCUGAAUAUGGCUCUCCAACAAUCGAAGGAACUAAACCAGGUUACAAAUUCAAAUCCUUAGUCUCAACUCUAGAGAAUAUCUUAAAUGGUUACGAUAAUCAAGUUACUAUGAAUUCUUCAUUACAACAAUUAAUCGAAGUACUAAGAAAUGCUGAAUUACCAUAUUCUGAAUGGAACAUGAACAUUUCCGCGUUACACGCUAGAUUACCAAGUAAGCUUGAUGAUCAAUUAAAUCAACUGGUCGAACGUUCUUCUAAGCGUGGUGCCUCAUUCCCAGCUAGACAAUUGACAAAAAUAUUAGAGGUUGGUGUAAAACAAGCAGAAGCUGAUGCAUCUAUUUUAUCUGCUACUGUAGAACCACUAUUUGAUAUUACAAGACGUUAUGAGAAUGGUUUAGAGGCACAUGAACACGCUGUGUUUGUGGGCUUUUUAGAAGAGUACUACAAUGUUGAAAAGUUGUUUACAGGUCCAAAUGUCAGAGAAGAAAAUAUAAUUUUAAAAUUACGUGACGAAAAUUCUGAAAAUUUGGAAAGAGUUGUUUCAAUAGUGCUGUCUCAUGCGAAGGUGUCUGCCAAGAAUAAUUUAAUGCUAUCCAUUUUAAAGCACUAUCAGCCACUUUGUAAAAUGUCUUCUGAGGUUUCUUCAACUUUUUUGCCACCAUUACAACAUAUUGUGGAGCUAGAUUCCAAAUUAACUGCUAAAAUUGCAUUACAAGCAAGAGAAAUCUUAAUCCAAGGUGCUUUACCAACUGUUAAGGAGAGAACUGAACAAAUUGAACACAUUUUGAAGUCUUCUGUUGUGAAGGCUGCUUAUGGUCAAGCAAAUUCUAAACGUAUGGAACCAGAUGCUGAAAUUUUGAAAUCUUUAAUUGAUUCUAACUUUGUAGUAUUCGAUGUUUUAACUCCAUUUUUAAGCAAUUCUGACCCAGCUGUAGCUGCUGCUGCUGCCCAAGUUUAUGUUCGCCGUGCUUACAGAGCUUAUACUGUAGGCGAAGUUAGAAUUCACGAUUCAUAUACCCAUCCGGUUUGUGAAUGGAAAUUCCAAUUGCCAUCUGCUGCUUUUGCUGCUGCUCCUUCAAUUAGCAACAAAAUGGGUAUGAAUAGAGCAAUGUCUGUAUCAGAUUUAUCUUUCGUGGUCGAUAGCGAAAAUGCUCCUUUGAGAACUGGUUUGUUAAUUGCAUCAGAACAUUUGGAUGAUGUAGAUGAUGCUUUAUCUCAAAGUUUGGAAGUUAUUCCACGUCCAAGUGUAUCAAGUGGUCCAGGUCCUGCCAGAUCAAAUGGAAACUCUUCAUUAAGUAACGUCGCCAAUGUUUAUGUUCAUUCUGUUGAAGGUUUUGAAACUGAAGAAGAUGUUUUAAAAAGAUUAACUGAAAUUUUAGAGGUUAACAAACAAUCACUAAUCGAUUCUUCAAUCCGUCGUAUUACCUUUAUGUUCGGUUAUGAAGACGGUACAUAUCCAAAGUAUUUCACUUUCAAAGGUCCAAACUAUGCUGAGGAUGAGACUAUUCGUCACAUCGAGCCUGCUUUAGCUUUCCAAUUAGAAUUAGGAAGAAUGUCUAACUUUAACAUCAAGCCUAUUUUUACCGAGAAUAGAAAUAUUCAUGUCUACGAAGCAGUUAGUAAAACUUCUCCAUUAGAUAAGAGAUUUUUCACUAGGGGUAUUAUUAGAACAGGUAGUAUUCGUGAUGAGAUAUCCAUCCAGGAAUAUUUAACUUCAGAGGCUCAUAGAUUAAUGAGUGAUAUUUUGGAUAACUUGGAAAUUAUAGACACUUCUAAUUCGGAUUUGAACCAUAUUUUCAUCAAUUUUUCAGCUGUUUUUGACGUAUCUCCAGAAGAUGUUGAAGCUGCCUUCGGCGGCUUCUUGGAAAGAUUUGGUAAGCGUUUGUUGAGAUUGCGCGUUUCUUCUGCUGAAAUUCGUAUCAUUAUUAAAGAUCCUGUUACUGGAACUCCAGUACCACUUCGUGCUUUGAUUAACAACGUUUCAGGUUAUGUAGUUAAGGCUGAAUUAUAUACCGAAGUUAAGAGUGCUAGGGGUGACUGGAUAUUUAGGUCAUUGGGUAAACCAGGUUCUAUGCACUUGAGACCAAUCGCAACUCCAUACCCUGUCAAGGAAUGGUUACAACCAAAGCGUUACAAAGCCCAUUUAAUGGGUACCACAUAUGUGUAUGAUUUCCCAGAAUUAUUCCGUCAAGCAGCAACUAAUCAAUGGGCAAAACAUUCUUCAAAAGCUAAGUUAUCAGAUAAUUUUUUUGUUUCAAAUGAAUUAAUUGAAGAUGAAAAUGGAGAAUUGACUGAAGUUGAAAGAGAAGCCGGUGCUAAUUCUAUUGGUAUGGUCGCCUUUAAGAUUACUGUUAAAACACCAGAAUAUCCUCGUGGUCGUCAAUUUGUUGUAGUUGCUAAUGAUAUUACUUUCAAAAUUGGUUCAUUUGGCCCACAAGAAGAUGAAUUCUUUAAUAAGGUUACUGAAUAUGCCAGAAAGCGUGGUAUCCCAAGAAUUUACUUAUCUGCUAAUUCUGGUGCUAGAAUUGGUGUUGCUGAGGAAUUAAUUCCAUUGUUUAAGGUUGCUUGGAAUAAUGCAAAUGACCCAAGUGAAGGCUUUGAAUAUUUGUACUUGACUGCUGAAGAUAUGGGAGAAUUAAAGAAGUAUGACAAGGAAAAUUCUGUUAUUACUGAAAGAUCUGUUGAAAAUGGCGAGGAAAGAUUUGUCAUUAAGGCUAUUAUUGGUUCUGAAGAAGGUCUUGGUGUUGAAUGUUUGAGAGGUUCUGGUCUGAUUGCCGGUGCAACAUCAAGAGCUUAUCAUGACAUUUUUACAAUUACUUUGGUUACUUGUAGAUCCGUUGGUAUCGGUGCAUACCUAGUUAGGUUGGGUCAAAGAGUUAUUCAAAUCGAAGGCCAACCUAUCAUUUUAACUGGUGCUCCAGCUAUUAACAAGGUCUUGGGUAAGGAAGUCUAUGCAUCCAACUUACAGUUAGGUGGUACACAAAUUAUGUACAAUAAUGGUGUUUCUCAUUUGACUGCGUCUGAUGAUAUGGCUGGUAUUGAAAAAAUUUUACAGUGGUUAUCUUAUAUUCCAGCCAAACGUAAUAUGCCUGUCCCAAUUUUUGAAAGUUUAGAUAAAUGGGAUAGAGAUGUUGAUUACAAGCCUGAAUCUAACGAACAGUACGAUGUAAGAUGGAUGAUUGAAGGUCGUUCCAGCGAGCAGGGUUUCCAAUACGGUUUAUUCGAUAAAGGUUCAUUCUUCGAAACAUUAUCUGGAUGGGCUAAAGGUGUCGUUGUCGGUAGAGCACGUCUAGGUGGUAUCCCAUUGGGUGUUAUUGCAGUCGAGACUAGGUUGGUUGAAAAUUUGGUACCAGCUGAUCCAGCUAAUGCCGAUUCUACUGAAACAUUGAUUCAAGAAGCCGGUCAAGUUUGGUAUCCAAAUUCCGCAUUCAAGACCGCUCAAGCUAUUAACGAUUUUAACAACGGUGAACAAUUACCAUUGAUGAUUUUAGCCAAUUGGAGAGGUUUCUCAGGUGGUCAAAGGGACAUGUACAAUGAAGUCUUGAAAUAUGGUUCCUUUAUUGUUGAUGCUUUAGUUGAUUACAAACAACCAGUUAUGAUCUAUAUCCCACCAACUGGUGAAUUAAGAGGUGGUUCGUGGGUUGUUGUUGACCCUACUAUUAACCCUGAACAAAUGGAAAUGUACGCUGAUUGUGAAGCUAGAGCUGGUGUUUUAGAACCGGAAGGUAUGGUCACUAUCAAGUACCGUAGAGAAAAGUUAUUGGCUACUAUGAACAGAUUGGACGCUAAAUACAGAGAUUUGAAAAACAAAUUAUCUGAUCCUAACAUUUCUACUGAAGACCAACAAGAAAUUUCUAAACAGUUGGCUACUAGAGAAAAGCAGUUGAUGCCAAUUUACCACCAAGUUACAGUCCAAUUUGCCGAUUUACAUGACAGACCAAGUCGUAUGUUAGCUAAGGGUGUUAUCUCUAAGGAGAUCGAAUGGAAGAAUGCUCGUAGAUACUUCUUCUGGAGAAUUAGAAGAAGAUUAGAUGAAGAAUAUUUGAUCAAGAGAUUAGAUAAGGAAUUGAAGGACGCUACUAGAUUGGAAAAGAUUGCAAGAAUCAGAUCCUGGUAUCCAGCUUCAGUUAAUCACGAAGAUGAUAGACAAGUUUGUAAAUGGAUCGAAGAGAAUUACUCUACAUUAGAAGAAAGAUUUAAAGGUAUGAAGUUGGAAUCAUUUGCCCAAGAUUUAGCUAAGAGUAUUAGAAAUGAUCAUGAUGUUGCAAUUACUGGAUUAUCUGAAGUACUAAAGAUGUUAUCUACUGAGGAUAAAGAAAAAAUAUUAAAGAAUCUAAAGUAA